GCUCCACCCGUCAUCAAAUGGGUUGAAGAUGGCAACACUAGUGGCAACAAUGUCGUCGAAGAUAAACCAAAACGUGUUGGGGCUCCCACAACAUGCAUAAGUACGUCAAGUUGUCUUAUCACUCAGCCAGAAGAUGUAAACCCCGAGAUAGAGAGUAUGGAUUACCAGGAUAGCCUUGAACAAUCAGAUGCAUCAACACAGACUGAUGGAUCGCAUUUGAACAUUGCAGCCAUGACUAACUCUACCUCAGCGGAAACACAGACUGAUGAAAAAAAGGCAUUGACAAAGGAACACAAGCUUGCAUCAAGGAAACCCAGUAAAUUGCCGCUUAAAGGCGGUACCAAACAGGUCCGAUUCAAUAUCCCAAUGACUUCCGAAGAGCUGUUACCAUACGUUCGAGAUUAUACGGAAUAUAUUCCGCCUGAAGAUCUACGUGAGGAGAUUUCAGAGAAGGAGGCUGAGGUCAUUCCGGAAGACAAGAUCAAAAAUGGCAGCCAACUCUUGGCAUUGGUGAAACAAAGAGUGAAAGAGGAAAAGCCCUUCGACUCGAAGACAGGAGAUAAUUUAAGAGCUCCAUUUCGAUUUGACCCAAAGAUAGGAACAAUUAAAGAAGACGAGGAGUUUCGGGUGCGGACGGACGACAGGCGCUACGGGGUCUUCCCGUCACGCUCAGAGGACCGAAUUUCCGAUUCCGGGUCGGACUGGUCUGAAGGACCUGACACUUAUUUGCAAUGCAAUUGUGUCGCCGGGAUGAAGUAUUUGUGUUGUUGUCACUGUUUUAGGAGAAGUUCCGGAAAAGCUGCACCCGUCACCAAAUGGGUUAAAGAGGAUGGCAACACAGGUGGCGACACUGGUGGCGACAAUGAGGAAGAGAGAAAACCAAAACGUGUUGGGAAAAUGAAGAGACUUAGAAAUUUUUUCAGGAGAUUAUGUUGUUGUGUUGGGAAAAGCAAUGAAGACUGAAGAAUGCCUGCCAUCUGAACAUCCGAGUUUUAAUUAUUUUCGAUUUCCGAAUUUUAUUUAUUUAUUUACUUUUUUUUGUAUUUUGGAAACCAAAGAGAAGACACCCGAGCUAUUUUAUCCAGUAUCUUUGUUUGACAUCAAAUUUAUUUUUUAUUUCUUUCGGAUAUUUCUUCAAAUUCCCAGAAUGUUGGCUACAGAGCAGAGAAAAAGCUCUGCGGCUAAACAUUGCUGACAAAAUUCAUCUUUUUUAAGUUCUUCUUUGGCUCUUUUUAUCUGGUAACUAGGUAGGCGAGACGGAUCGUUCUGCCAAGUUACCAGAGCAAAAUUACUUCAUGACUUUUGGAACUUUGACCAACCAGGAAACGCCCAUUCCUAUAUAUAAAGGAAUGGGACUUCCGUUUCCUGUCAAAAACUGUAAAUUGUAAUUGAUACAUCCAUUCAGAGGUGUUUGAAAGCUCCGUUGUCUUCUCUUUUCAAAAUUGUGUUAACAUUUCUUGUUGUAACAUCAGUAAAUUGCAUAGCAACAACUAGCUUUU